AAUAUCGGCACCAGCUUGUCUUUAGGGUAUUAGUGGCUCUUGAUUGUUGCACUGAAGUUGAACUGUUUGUGCAUGCUGAUGUGGAUUUAUGUGCUUAAGAAUUUCCACGGCCCUUGUAAAGUGAGCAGGGAGAGUUUCUCUUGACUACGUGUCGACCUUGGUGAUAUAUGCAUAUAUUUAUAAACAAUGCAGUUAAGAUUCAACUUCAUUGUGCUAUUUUUGUUCUUUGUGGUGGCAUUGUUCAUAUGUGUUGGAGCAGAGUCUGAAAGUGACAUUCUGCAUAGAAUAAGAGCUGCGCCACACAAAGAUAUUCGAAGUAAUGUUAUAGAUGGUGCUGGUACAGGGAAUGAUGUACACUUUGAGGAUACCAAUAAAGUACUGGGUGAGAGAAAGGGUACUUACAGUAGAGUUUCAGUCUCUGCAGUUGCAUUGUUUACGUUGGUGAUGGCUGCUGCCACUGGUUUAGGUGCGGUUCCUUUCUUUUUUGUGGAGCUUGAUCCUCACUGGGCUGGAAUAUGCAAUGGGAUGGCUGCUGGUGUUAUGUUGGCUGCAAGCUUUGAUCUCAUACAGGAAGGACAGGAGCAUGGUGCUGGAAAUUGGGUUGUUAUUGGGAUUUUAGCAGGUGGCAUUUUUAUUUUACUCUGUAAGAAGUGUCUUGAACAGUAUGGAGAAGUUAGCAUGUUGGACAUAAAGGGUGCAGAUGCAACAAAAGUUGUUCUUGUUAUUGGAAUUAUGACUCUUCAUUCUUUUGGGGAGGGCUCUGGUGUUGGAGUUUCAUUUGCAGGAUCAAAGGGUUUCACUCAAGGCCUGCUGGUUACUUUGGCUAUAGCUGUACAUAACAUACCAGAAGGAUUAGCUGUGAGUAUGGUGCUUGCAUCUAGAGGGGUCUCUCCACAAAAUGCAAUGCUGUGGAGUGUCAUUACAUCCUUACCUCAGCCCAUUGUAGCAGUUCCCUCUUUCAUAUGUGCUGAUGCAUUUAACAAGUUCCUGCCUUUCUGCACGGGGUUUGCUGCUGGAUGUAUGAUUUGGAUGGUUGUUGCUGAGGUGCUUCCUGACGCAUUCAAGGAAGCUUCUCCCCCUCAAGUGGCAUCAGCAGCCACGCUUUCUGUGGCAUUCAUGGAAGCUCUUAGCACCCUGUUCCAGAGUUUCAGUCAUGACUACAAUGCAGAGGAUGCUUCUGGUUUUUUCGUUUCGUUGCUCUUUGGUCUUGGGCCAUUGCUUGGUGGCUGUAUUCUUGUUUCCUUUGCGCUUGCUCUCCAUCUUCAGCAUGCGUUUCUCAUGGGUGCAGCCUCAGGAAUCGCCAUCAUUCUUGGUGCCUGGCGACCACUGCAACUACUUGUGUCUUUGAAGAUGGGGUGUGUCUCUAUGUUGCUAUUGCUUGUCGCAGGAGGUGCAUUUGUCCAUGUUACAAGCUCCAGUAUAUUGAAUAUGGCAAGUUGCAAAAGAGCAUCUGUGAAUAAUUUACCAUCCGUAACUGGAUUUCCAGUAAGUGUUCUCACCCUCCAGUCAUUCUUAGCCUGUGGUGCAGUCGCCUUCCAUGCAUUAGCAGAGGGGCUUGCACUAGGAGUUGCUGCACCAAAAGCUUAUGGACUUGGUCGGCACAUGGUCCUUCCUGUCUCACUCCAUGGGCUACCUCGGGGUGCUGCAGUUGCUAGCUGUAUCUUUGGUACCACUGACAGUUGGCAUGGAUCUCUUGCAUCAGCUGCUGUAAUUGGAUUUAUGAGUCCAAUAUCUGCAUUUGGAGCUAUACUUGCUGGAAUUGAUUACAGUGGCCUCAAUCAUGUGAUGGUUUUGGCGUGUGGAGGAUUACUCCCCACCUUUGGGAGGAUAAUUCAGAGGGCUGUAAGGUUGGAUAUGCGAAGAAGUAUUUCUGGGCUGGUGGUGGGGAUGGGAUUUGCCACUCUCUGUUUAACAUUCACUAAAUUGGUUUGCUUGCACACACCUUACUGCAACUCAGCUCCAGAAGCCGUGAGAUGAAAUAUUUUGAUGAUGAACUAGAGGUUAUAUAGGUCAUCUAGUUAUUGAAAUGCCUUGUUUUGGCAAUUUAACUUGCCCGAUUGCGGGCAUGAUAGAUUUGUAGAAUACCUUCUGAGAGAGAACAAUAUGAUGCAAUGGUAAGUGAAAUUCUUACGUACGAAAGAAAAUAUGAAUUUUUUUCUUUUUCAGUUUUUUUUUAUUUUUAUUUCUUUUAUACUCUCUUCUGUAUAGUAAUUUGUCAGGAGAGCAAGUGACUGCUGAUGGGGAAUAUCCUACUCUUUAUGUCUAGAUAUCUAGGUUUAGAUGACUGUGUCUUUAUAUCUAAAAUUUAGUAAUUAAUCUUGUG